UUAGCACCAGACUGAUGACGUGGUUCGGUCGGUUGACCAGAGUAGCAGGAUGGCCGACCAGAGUAGGCAAAUUAAACUCGCUGCAGCUAAGAAAAAGCUGAAGGAGUUUCAGCAGAAGAGCUCCCCUGCUUCUAUAGGAGGAGAAAAGGGUGGAGGAGUAAGUGGAGUAGGAUCCAAGAAGAAGAGAAAAGUGAAGGAACUCGGCCAUACAGAUGCACCUUCAUCUGACAGAGAUUCUCCUGACAAUUUUGACAGUAUUCUGAAAGCACUUAGUCAAAGCAAUGGAGUAGUCCUCCCACGUAAUGGCAACUGUCAGAACUUUGCUGAGAUGGAGGUUGUGGCAUCUUCUGUUCCCUCGCUGCAGGAGGAGCCACGCAUCGAGCCUGGCCUCAGCUCACCUGUGUCUAACCCCGCUAGUGCUAACACUGCUACUAACUCUGAGUUUGUCAGUCACAACACUGAGGUGCAGGACCUCUCUGAUACCAAUGGCAAUGAGAGUUUUAAGGAGCAAAAUAGACCACUGUCUUCCACAGAGAGCCUGCGACAACUCUCACAGCAGCUGAACGGCCUGGUCUCUGAGUCUUCAGCUGCGUACGUGAAUGGAGAAAGUGCACCUUCUGUCAGUGAGAAAGAACUUGAGAGUCGGAACCAGGAGCUGGCAGCCGCCCUGGAAUCUAGCAAGCUAACAAAUUCUCAGCUCAAUACCAAGCUAAACCAGCUGGUACAACAAACUCAGGAACUUUCAGACCAAGUACAAAAGGAGCGAAAGGAAUUUGAACAGAAAUUUACAAAAGAGCAAGGAGCCAUGCGGGAACAGUUGCAGGUUCAUAUUCAGACAAUUGGUAUACUGGUGUCAGAGAAAUCUGAGCUACAAACUGCACUACAAUACACACAACAAGCUGCACGACAGAAAACAGUUGAAGCAGAGGAGCUUAAUAACCGUCUGCAAGCAACAAAGCAGAGGGUUUCAGAGCUGGAGCGAACUCUCUCUACUGUCUCAACACAGCAGAAACAGUUUGACAAGCUAAACAAAGAACUUGAAAAGGAAAGAGACAAUUUGAGGGUAGAGAUGUUUAGAGUCAACAAUUUGAGUGAAGAGUCAAAGCAGCAAAACUCCGAGCUGUCUGAGCAGUUAAAACUGAGUACACAAGACAAUGCUGCAAUGAGGCUGGAGGUAGACGAGCUUCGCAAGAGGCUUGAGAUGGCUGACCUCAUGUUACAACAGUAUUCCAGUCAAUCAGAUCCCACCAAUACAAACCAGCAAGUUCAGUUAUUGCUGGAACAGAAGCAGCAGCUGGAGGCACAACAUCACCAGCUUCUGGAGUCUGUUAACCAGCUGAAGACAGAGAGAGACCGAUAUGUGGAACGGAUCCAGGAGGAGGGCCGUGUGUGGAAGGACAAAACAGAGCAGCUGCUAACACAGGUCUCUUUGGUGGCGGAGGAGAGGGACAAAAACAUUAACCGAGUCCAUGAACUGGAGGCCAGCAUUGCAGAAUUAAAACAUGCUGCAGCAAUAUUAUCUGUUGAGAAAGAAGCCCAAAGUGCUGCAGAACCUACAUCCUCAGAACCAUCAGAGAGAGAGGUGGCUCUACAGGAGGCCCUCACGAGUUUGCAACAUGAGAAAGAUGCCAUUACUGCACAGUACCAAUCACAGCUUCGAGACAACGAGCAGCUAAGUCGCCUGUGUGCAGAGCAGGAGACGCGUCUGGGGGAGUUGGAGGGUCAGGUGGAGAACCAAGUCCAGGAGGCAGAGGACCGCCGGCGCAUGUUGGAGGAUGUUCAGUCAGACAAGGCCACGAUAAGCCGGGCUCUCACCCAGAACCGAACACUGAAGGACCAGUUGGCUGAGUUACAGAACGGCUUUGUCAAACUGACUAAUGAGAACAUGGAGCUGACCACUGCCAUCCAGUCAGAGCAACAUGUUAAAAAGGAGCUGGCACGCAGGAUGGGUGAACUGCAGGAGAACCUGCACAAUCUCAAAGAGCAGCUGGAGCUGAAAAGUCAAGAGAUUCAGGGUCUUGCAGAGCAGAGAGACCAGGUGGUGGCUCAUCUGCAGCAGUACAGCACCGGCUACCAGGCUCUGGCCUCAGAGAGGGAACAGCUCCACCAGCAGUAUCUGCAUCAGACCCAGCUCAUGGACCGGCUGCAGCACGAUGAAAGUCAUAGUCGUGCACAGCUGGACAUCAGCCACAAUCAGCUCAGACAAGCACAGGAGCAUUUGGAACAGUUAGUCAGAGACAAUGAGCAUCUGAAGGCUGAGGUGAAAGAGCUGCUCAACAGCUCAGCCCUUGAGACCUUAUCCAGAAACCAAGGCGAUGGAGUAGAAAGCCAAUCGGUGCAAGAAAGUCCCAAGAUGUCCUCCUCUCUUGUCAUUCCAGACGACUUUGAGAGUCAAAAAGAAAUGGAGGAUUUCAUCCGUGGUGCUUUGACACAGUUAGAAGCUGAAAGAGACGAGGCCAGGCAGCAACUAGAGGAGGAGCGCAGGCUCUACAUGGCGGCUCGUCAACAGGCCGCUGUGGCCUUCAGACUUGAGCAGCAACAUCUAAACUACAAACCUGUCCAUGAAAAUGAUCAAGAACACAACCAGAGUCAGGACCAACACAGUCAGGAGCAUUCAGAAGGAGUGCCAGUGGAAGUACAUCAGGCCCUGCAAGCUGCAAUGGAGAAGCUUCAGCAGCGUUUCACCUCCCUCAUGCAGGAGAAAGCUGAUCUGAAGGAGCGAGUGGAGGAACUGGAGCACCGCUGCAUCCAGUUAUCAGGAGAGACCGACACUAUAGGGGAGUACAUUGCCCUGUACCAGAGCCAGCGGGCCAUCAUGAAGCAGAAACACUUGGAGAAAGAGCAAUAUAUCAACAUGCUGGCUCAGGACAAGGAAGAGAUGAAGGCAAAACUGGCUGAGCUGCAGGAUCUCGUCAUGAGGCUGGUGGCUGAGAGGAACGACUGGUACAACCGCUACGCUGGAGCUGUAGCCAGAAUGGGAGCAGGAAACCCAGACCUGCUUCCUGUUGGGGAGGAACACGCUCACUCACAGCAUCAAGAACAUAAACAAGCUGAUCCUAAUGCUGUCAGUGGAGAUGAAGAUAUGGAGGUCAUCCCUCUGUCCGAGAUGGAAGCGGCCUCCCAGUCGUUACCGUCUGGGCCUUCUCAGAUUAAAUCCAAACGUGUGGCGCCCAAAGAGGACGGCACAGCUCGGCAAAUCAUGCAGCUUCUCCAGGAGAUCCAGAACCCGCAGGGAGCUCAGCGGUCGGCACCUUUCCUGGGAGAAAACCCCUGCAUCCCCUUCUUUUAUCGGCCCGACGAACAGGACGAAGUGAAGAUCCUGGUGGUGUGAGCUGUGUGUUGAGACAUAAUGGACACGUCCUGAGCUAUGCGGCAAUGUAAAACCCCGCAGUUUAACACAUUUGUAGCUUAAUGAUCAUAUUUACAAACACUUCCUAUGAAAUUUGACACCUUAAAACUGGUCAUAGAUGUAAAUAUCUUUGACUCAGUUGCUUUGAAAUGUCCCCUUUUUGUUCUGUAUGUUUGUUUUUGUUAUAAAGACGAUAUUCUUAAAUGCAAUUUGAUUACUCUCAAUAUUACAUUUUUGAAUUUUUGUCCCCUUCUUGCCUCCCAUCUCACACUAAUGUGCAAUAAAGGUACAGUAUCGCCAGUCCCUCUGCUGGCACAGUACCUGAAGAGAUGUUAAAAUUUCCAGUUUUUUGUAACUUCCCGUUGGAAAAUGUCAGUUUUAUUUCACAGUACAUAUGCCAAAAACAGCAUCACGUUUGAAUGUAGUAAUCCAGAUAUUUAAAUGUAUAAAAUGUGAAGAGAAGGAUGCAAAAAGAGGAUGGGUUGGUAAAGAACAAGAGUUUUGUGCACAAAAAGCUUUUAAACUUUAAAGUGUUGAAGUCAUGAGCUCGCUAAGUUACCGUCAAGUUCAGAAAGAGGAAGGAGCACGUUGCUGAUCGGUACUGUUUCAGUUACUACCUUGUUUGUUUUUUUUUGUCAAACACUGAAAGUAACUCAUGUUUGUACAUCAACUAAUGUUAAUAGUUGUGAAGUAUUUUAGAUUUGUGGUGUUUUAAACAUCUUAGACUGAGAGACGUUGGCGUCACUACAAACUGGUGGUUGAUCAGAUCAAAUAAGCACAUGGAUGCAAAGUGAAGACCCCGUGAAGGUGAAAUGAAAAGUUAUGGCGGCACAAUAGGCUUCUUCUUGGGUUUCAGUGCUGCAGCUUCUUCAAGUUGUCCCUCUCUGGCUUUAACUUGAGCUUUUGCUUCAGGGCUCCUAACAGAUCUCACCAUUCCAGUCCUGUAAAUUGUUUCCAGUCAUUUCACUGAGAACUGGACUUCUGUUCAUUGGGGUCUUUUAACUUCACAAACAAAUCAAGAGCCCUUUUUUUUUUUUUCUGUUACGUUGAUUUCUUCAUAUCAAAAGAUUCUUGAUUACAUUCUUGAACUGGAUAUUUGUGUGUGGCUUGAAAUUCAGAUUAUUUAGCCAAAAUUGCAUCUUUUGUACUUUAUUUUGGUAGUUCUGUCAGAUCCUAGGAGUAUGAUUGCACUAAAACUGUACAAAGCUUCUCGUUCAGAUUCGUCCUGUCCAAAUGUUUUGACUGAUGCUUCGGGGAAGUCCUAUGAAGCUUCACGCUGAGGAUUCUGCUGAAUUUACCUGAAAAAUUAAUAGCUCAGGAUGAGCAUGGUGUAAAAAAAAUUAAUAUAGAAGGUAACAUUUUUACUGCUAGCUUAAAAAAAUCUAUUUCCAUAGGUGAGGGACCAUUGAGGCUUCUAGAAAAUAAUUCAAAUUUGCCAUUAUCCUGCAAUAAGAAAGUAUUUUGGGGGCAUUAAAAAGCAACGAAAGAAUCUGAAAAUAGGAUUGUUUAUGAGCAAAAUUCGGAGUUGGUGAUUGUACUCAUAAAUGUAAAUUGGAGAAUAUUGUUU